AUGUCAAAUACCCUCAUAUCAACCAGCCAAGUUGACAAAGCUGGAUACUGUGUACACAUUGAGAGAAGAAUGUGCCGCCUACUAUCACCACAUCCUAAAUGUCACACCAUAGCAUCUAUACCAGCUAAGAAGGGUCUCUACCAAGUUAACAACGCUGCACCACCAAAGAACAUUUUUGAACACUUCGGUGGAUCAGCCAUGAAUGCCAAAAUGGACAUAAACAAGCUACAUAGAGCCCUUGGCCACAUUUCCCAUUCAUCUGCAAGGAAGUUAGUAAAAUCUGGUAUGGUCACAGGCAUAGACUUAGACGAAACUGCCGAGAAAGAAAUAUGCAAUGCCAGUGUAAAAGCAAUAUCAAAUGUGAAGCCAUUCCCUGCAGUAUCAGAUACUCGUGCAUCCUCAUAUGGAGAAUGUAUCCACUCAGACCUGUGGGGACCUGCAUCUGUACAAGAUAUAACAGGGAAGAAAUACAUGCUCACCUUCACAGAUGACUUCUCAUGA